GGCGGCGCGGAAGCGGCGGCCGGGCAGCCAUGUCGCCUUUGUCUGCGGCGCGGGCGGCCCUGCGGGUCUACGCGGCGGGCGCUGCGGUGGUGUUGGCGCAGCUGCUGCGGCGCUGCCUCGGGGGCUUCGCGGAGCCAGCAGGUGCGCAGGAAUGAGUGGAGGCCCCACAGGCGGGCCGCGGCACAGAAGCCAUGGAGGCGAAGGGCCUGGACCCGUCCCAGACGGACCUCAAGUUAGUGGCCCACCCGCGCGCCAAAAGCAAAGUGUGGAAGUACUUCGGCUUUGACACGAACGCCGAGGGAUGCAUCCUGCAGUGGAAAAAGAUAUACUGUCGCAUCUGCAUGGCUCAGAUUGCCUACUCCGGGAACACCUCCAACCUGUCCUACCACCUGGAGAAGAACCACCCCGACGAGUUCUGCGAGUUCGUCAAGAGCAACACGGAGCAGAUGCGCGAGGCCUUCGCCACCGCCUUCUCCAAGCUGAAGCCCGAGGCCUCCCAGCUGGCCCCGCCGGACACGCUGGCCGCCAAGGCCGGCCACGGCCACGAGAGCAAGCGGCAGCAGGAGCUCACGGCCGCCGUGCUCGGCCUCAUCUGCGAGGGCCUGUACCCCGCCUCCAUCGUGGACGAGCCCACCUUCAAGGUGCUGCUGAAGACGGCCGACCCCAGGUACGAGCUGCCCAGCAGGAAGUUCGUGUGCAGCAAGGCCAUCCCCGAGAAGUACGGCGCCGUGCGCGAGGCCGUCCUCAAGGAGCUGGGCGACGCCUCCUGGUGCGGCAUCUCCACCGACAUGUGGAGGAGUGAGAACCAGAACCGGGCGUACGUGACGCUGGCCGCCCACUUCCUGGGCGGCGGGGCCCCCGGCUGCCUGUCCGUGGGCUCCCGCUGCCUGAAGACGUUCGAGGUCCCCGAGGACAACGCGGCCGAGUGCAUCACCCGGGUCCUGUACGAGGCCUUCAUCGAGUGGGGCAUCAGCAGCAAGGUGUUCGGGGCCACCACGGACGGCGGCAAGGACAUCGCCAAGGCGUGCUCCCUGCUGGACAUCUCGGUCCAGAUGCCCUGCCUGGGCCACACGUUCAACGCGGGCAUCCAGCGCGCCCUGCAGCUGCCCAAGCUGGCCGGGCUGCUCGGCCGCUGCUGCAAGCUGGUCGAGUACUUCCAGCAGUCCGCGGUGGCCAUGUACAUGCUCUACGAGAAGCAGAAGCAACAGAACGUGGCUCCCUGCAUGCUGGUCAGCAACCGCGUGUCCUGGUGGGGCAGCACGCUGGCCAUGCUCCAGCGCCUGAGGGAGCAGCAGUUCGUCAUCGCCGGCGUGCUGGUGGAGGACAGCAACAACCACCACCUGAUGCUGGAGGCGGCCGAGUGGGCCACCAUCGAGGGCCUGGUGGACCUGCUGCAGCCCUUCAAGCAGGUGGCCGAGAUGCUGUCCGCCUCCAAGUACCCCACCAUCAGCAUGGUGAAGCCCCUGCUGCACAUGCUGCUGAACACCACCCUCAACAUCAAGGAGACCGACUGCAAGGAGGUCAGCAUGGCCAAGGAGGUGAUCGCCAAGGAGCUGUCCAAGACCUACCAGGAGACGCCGGAGAUCGACAUGUUCCUCAACGUGGCCACCUUCCUGGACCCCCGCUACAAGCGUCUGCCCUUCCUGUCUGCCUUCGAGAGGCAGCAGGUGGAGAACAGGGUGGUGGAGGAGGCCAAGGGGCUCCUGGACAAGGUCAAGGAGGGCGGCUACCGGCCGGCGGAGGACAAGAUGUUCGCGCUGCCCGAGGAGCCCCCGGUCAAGAAGCUGGUGCUGGCGUCCACGCCGCCGCCCACGAGCGUCAUCAACAGCAUGCUGGCCGAGAUCUUCUGCCAGACAGGGGGCGCGGAGGACCAGGAAGAGUGGCACGCGCAGGUGGUCGAGGAGCUGAGCAACUUCAAGUCGCAGAAGGUGCUGGGUCUCAACGAGGACCCGCUCAAGUGGUGGUCCGACCGCCUGGCCCUGUUCCCCGUGCUGCCCAAGGUGCUGCAGAAAUAUUGGUGCGUGGCGGCUACCCGCGUCUUCCCGGAGCGGCUCUUCGGCUCGUCCGCCAACGUGGUCAGCGCCAAGAGGAACCGCCUGGCCCCCGCACACGUAGACGAGCAGGUCUUCCUGUACGAGAAUGCGCGCAGCGGCGCGGAGGCCGAGCCCGAGGACGAGGACGAGGGCGAGUGGGGCCUGAACCAUGAGCACAUGUUCCCCCUGGGCGACGCCGUGCACGCCGGCUUCUUUGGCAUCAGGGACAGCGGCUUCGUGUAGAUGCCGCGGUGGGGGCGGGGGGGGGGGCGUCACCACGAAGCUGACCCUUGAUGUGUGGUCCGCUGUAAAUACCCACGGUGCGCGCAUGCGCAUGCGCGGCCGGUGCCGUCACCAACGUAGGCGCAGGACGCAAAGGCGCGGCUGUGCGCAUCCAGGAGCAGCCACUCCGCGCGUUUCCUGGGAGAGCCUCCAUGCGCCCCAGCGGAAGGGCACAAAUCAACUAGGAAACUUCUGGAAGCCCCUUUACCCACCCGCUGGCUGGAUGCUGAUUGCAACUGUAAAGCCCCAGAGAUCCCCAGCCAGGAGGGGAAGGGGGGAGGCUCCUUUCUCUUGCCACCCCCAAGGACGGAGUACUCCCGACCCAGAGGGUUUGGGAAAAUCCCCAGGCAUGGGGAAAAAGAAAAAAAGAAAGAAAAAAAAUCAAAGCUCCCAUGUCCUUCCGUCGCCAGACGCCGUCAUACAAGGACUUUACGCAUCUGGGGCACUGAUGCACUCACGUUUACUCUCGAAUUGACCUUGGCACCUUGCGUGCGGGCUGGAAGGAUGCGCGCACUCUUUCAGCCCAAGCGCCUCUUGUUUGCAAGACAGACCCGCUCUAGGUUUCGUGCGAUGCGUUCCAAAGGCGCGUGGGCGGCAGUCGCGUCCCCAACAGCAGGGAGAGAGGUGUUUUGUGCCUUUCCCACGGGCGUCUCUGCCCCCUUGUGCCCCCAUGCGCUUUGUGGGCGUGGUUCUUUCUGAGCCCCGCACCGCCGGCAGCUUCAGCCCUGCCUGUGGCUGUUUGUGUGUGUGUCUGUGCGAUGCUUCCAAGGGCUGGUUUCUCCACCGUGUUUCUCAGGAUGCGAAUAAGGCCCCCGCACCCUUCCAAGCCCUGCUUGUACAGAAUACCAGGGGCCUGCAUGUACCCAGAGUGAUUUAAUGGGAAUCUGGGGCAAGAGACCCUUCCGUUCUGUCUUUUAAACUCGGCACCGUGAGGGCCCCCCCCCCCCCCCAUUUAAAAACAAAACAAAACAAAACAAAAAACAAAAAAACCACCACUGGGUACUUAUGGGUCGCUGUGGCUCAACAGGCAAGCUGCUGGCGACAUUGUGCAGGGCCCCGGCUUCUGAGCGCGUCACGGUCGAUCACCAACCGGGAUUGGUCCGUGUCCUCUGGGAGGUGACACCCCCCCCCCCCCCCCCCAGUGUCUACAGGCCCAGGCUUGUAUCUUGACGCCAACAACUGACUAUGAGCCUUCCCCACGGGAUUUCUUUCUUUCCUUUUUCUUAUUUAACGCUUUGGAAUUUGACUCUUGUUGAAUAAACCGGAGAAACAAAUGAGCUGCUAA